CACUGGUUGGACCUUUCAAAAUUCAUUAAGAAGCAAAUAAAAAUUGGACCUCCGUACACGUUGCAUUUUCGAAUUAAGUACUAUUCAUCAGAACCGAACAACCUCCAUGAGGAGUUCACAAGGUACCUGUUUGUAUUACAGCUCCGGCAAGACAUCCUUUCAGGGAAACUGAAAUGCCCAUAUGAAACUGCUGUUGAACUAGCAGCUCUGUGUCUUCAAGCUGAGCUGGGAGAGUGCGAGCUCCCAGAGCACACGCCAGAACUCGUGUCUGAAUUCAGGUUUGCACCAAACCAGACUGAAGCAAUGGAAUUUGACAUUUUUCAGAAAUAGAAAGAGUGCAGGGGAAAGAGCCCGGCGCAGGCUGAGUUGUGCUACCUGAACAAAGCCAAAUGGCUAGAAAUGUAUGGUGUAGAUAUGCAUGUAGUUAAGGGAAGAGAUGGUUGUGAAUAUGCUCUUGGACUGACACCAACAGGCAUAUUGAUCUUUGAAGGAGCCAACAAAAUAGGCUUAUUCUUUUGGCCUAAAAUCACAAAAAUGGACUUUAAAAAGAGCAAACUAACACUUGUGGUUGUAGAAGACGAUGAACAGGGCAGAGAGCAAGAGCACACAUUUGUUUUCCGGUUAGACAGUGCCAAAACGUGCAAACAUCUGUGGAAGUGUGCAGUGGAGCACCACGCUUUCUUCAGAUUGCGAGCCCCUGCAAACAGUAAAUCUAGUAGAUCCGACUUCAUAAGGCUGGGAUCACGCUUCAGGUUCAGUGGGCGGACAGAGUAUCAGGCGACACACGGGACGAGACUGCGCCGAACUAGCACGUUUGAGAGGAGGCCCAGCAAGCGGUACCCUUCUCGAAGGCAUUCAACUUAUAAGGCAAACAAUCCUGUGAAAGCAGCACAACUGUGUGCUAAAAAUACUCCUGAAGUCCAUAACUACCAGCCACAGUAUCAUGCUAAUAUACAUCCUGCUCAGCCACACUGGCAUCCGCAUACGCCUGUGAAUGUAAGCUACCCCUUGAACAACAGUGAUAUGCAUCAGUUCAACAUCGAGGAGAAUGGUGGAACACCAUAUACCACAAAAAUGCCUCCAAGGCACCAUCACCACCACCGUCAUCACCACCACCAUGCGAAUUACGGUGCCCUUGCUCCUGACAGCAAAGACAUUGUUUCUGGAGUUCCCAACCCAAACAGUAAGUCCACUGCAUUGAAUGCCAUUUCACCUGGACUUCCCCUUCUUUAUGAUGAAACUUCUCAUCUGAAGAAAAUAGAAACGGAGAGUGUGAAGGUAGUUGGACCAUGGCCAGCACUGCACGUCGGCAUGAACAAGGGUGAAGAGAAGAAAGUACCUGAAAAGGCUCUUCAUGCUCCUGUGUCACCUUCAUCUGUACCUGAUCAUAUGAAGUGCAACAUCCUUAAAGCUCAAGUGGAAGCUGCUUUUAGAGUAGGCACCCAGGCUGUGAAAGAAGAGACCCCUUUUGUAAAUCCCAGUAAGACCUCCAGCCUGCAGGACCCUAAUGUAAGAAGUCCAGCUCCAGUGAGACCUGAAACUACAUCAUCAACUGGCCCUACAGAAAAGCAGGAGAUUAAAGUUUCUCGUGUGAGGAAGUUAACGAGGCAGUACAGUUUUGAUGAAGAUGACCUUCCUCCAGCAUUGGCAGCAGCAGCAGCAGCAUCAACACCUGUGUCCUCAGCAUCUCCUGGGUCACAGAAAACCUGUACACCACAGACGUCAGAAGGACAAACACAGGUUUCACCUGGUGGCAAGAGUUCCACAGAUGCUGGAAGUACAUUUGCUUUGGAGCCAGGUGACCUCCUGAUGGAUUUCACAGAGGCCACACCUAUGAUAAAGACAUUCCCUGCUGAUACAUCUAAUCCUUUUUUCGAUCCUUUUACAACAGUACCACAGUUUUCUGCAGAGAGCAAAUUACAGUGCUGUGCCGUGCAGUCCUCUCCGAAGAUAACGCUGGUGACACCGUCGCCCGUACUGAGGUCUCUGGCAGAGACUGUGCCAACUCCAACCGUCCAGACGAUAUAUACGGCGCACAAGCCCAUUUCGCUGGCAGACAGCGCUGAGACUCUGAGGCGUGAACUUGAGAGAGAGAAAAUGAUGAAAAGACUCUUGAUGACAGAAUUAUGAAACUCGCACUUCCGUCAGAUGGAGAAUGGAUUGGGGCCUUCCAUGUGCCUUCUGUCUGUUUACAUUCCUCUGCUUCUGUGUACUCCACGUGAUGUGUCGGGAGAACGUGUGGUAUUCCUGGCUUGACUGGAUUCACCACGGUUGGCUGAAGUGAAGUCUAAGCUAGACUUUAACUUGAAGGUGUUCCUUUAUUCAUUUGCUGCUGGGAAACAAACCUUCAAUCCUUUAUUUCUCCUGAGAUUUUAUACUAUUAACACAAUUAAUUUCAGGUUCGGUUUUGGUAAAUCUAGGGCAAAAAGGAUCAGCAAGGAGCAUACUGAUUUCUAUUGGGAAACACUGUUCUGUACAUAUGUUAAUAAGUGCACAGAAAUUAAUGUUAUGCAGAAUAUUUUGAUAGUAACAUAGAAAAUAUGUCAUUUUGUACAACUGAAAAUUGCAACGAGCUACUGCUGUUUGUUAAAGAACCAUUUUUAAAGCAGAAGAAUGAUUAUUACAUCCUAACCCCAGGACUGUUAGUCUCCACAGAAAAAUAAAUGGCUGUCUUAUUAAAUUCCUAACCUUUACCUUCACUCAGAGAUAUAAAUAGCUGCAAGGGGGAAAGACGCCCCACCAUACAGGUAUACGCACCCAACACUCC